GGUCAUCGGCACUGCCAAUCGAUACAGCAAUCGGAGUUCACAGCCGAAGAAGAUUUCACAGAAAAUAGGAUAUAAAUUAAUUAAUUAAAAUGAACCGAGUAAAGACCACACAGUCCAAAACGGGAGAGAUAAUCGCCUACAGCGAGGUCGCCAUCCGGAACAACAUUUCCGCCGUGGAGUAUUGCCGGACAUCGAUGGCCGCCAUCUCGGGCUGCGCUGCAGGUAUUCUGGGCUUGAGCGGAACCCUAGGCUUCCUGUUCUACUUCCUAUCCGUGUUCGUGCUCUGGAUCCUGGUGCUUCUCAAGUCUGGAACCCAGUGGCGCAAGUUCUUCAUCAACCGCAGAAAUCUGCUGACCAACCAGUUCAUGGGCGGCCUUUGCACCUACGUGCUCUUCUGGACAUUCCUCUACGGAAUGGUUCACGUGUACUAGCGCAUUUACAAAACACAGAACACUUAUUUAGCGAAAUAAACAUAGGAUCUUGGUUAAACACAA